UGAAGCCACAUAAGUACUCCUUUGCUGGCUAAAUAUGUUCAACAUUCUAAUACAUAGUAAAAGAUCAUAUUAUGACCAAGGUGCUCAUGUAAAUACAGGUAUAGCAGCUUUUAAGAAAAAUGGAGCAGGAAUGAUGGUCUUUUAUGAGGAAUCCUGCUCUCCCUGUGUGCACUGAAUUACCACAGAUGACACUGGGAAAUCUAUAUAUGAAGGGAAGCAGAGAACCAGAAUUUAAGAAGCUCUUUUGUAAGCUGACAUGAAGUAGACAGACCCUUCUGAAGUUUUGUGCAUGCUGUGCUUCUUCCCCCACACCUCCCUUGCUGCAGCAAGAAAAGCCUUUUCUUUUAACCAGGCUUCCUUUGAAGAAGUGACUCAGGCAGCUUCAUGGCCUCUCAAGAUACUCAAGGACAAAUAAACAAAAUCUUUCAGGAUUAUCUCCCGGGUUCUCCAGAUCUUCCUAGUCAAAGUAAACCUUUUGAACCUACAAAAGCCUGGAAACAUGCACCACCUCCUCACAGCUUGCCUCCUGGUCUGGAAUACCUGAGCCAGCUGGACCAGAUAAUCAUUCACCAGCAGGUGGAGCUUCUUGAAGUCAUACUUGGUACGGAGACCCGCAGCAAAUAUGAGAUAAAAAACUGUUUGGGACAAAGAGUUUACUUUGCAAUGGAAGAAAAUGGUUGCUUUGAUCGUAACUUCUGUUCACCUAUACGGUCUUUCACCAUAAGGAUAACUGAUAACACCGGUCAAGAGGUGAUCACAGUGAAUAGACCCUUGAGAUGUAACAGCUGCUGGUUCCCUUGCUACAUGCAAGAGUUAGAAGUUCAGUCCCCUCCUGGUACAAUAGUUGGCUACGUUGUCCAGAACUGGGACCCUCUGCUGCCAAAAUUCACUAUACUGAAUGAGAGCAAAGAAGAUGUAUUGAAAAUAAUUGGCCCCUAUGCAACGUGCAGCUGUUUUGGAGAUGUAGACUUUGAGGUAAAAACUGUUAAUGAAAUGUCAACAAUUGGCAAGAUUUCCAAAUAUUGGUCUGGGUUUGUAAACAAUGUCUUUACCAAUGCUGCUAACUUUGGGAUCCAGGUUCCUGUAGAUCUUGACGUGAAAAUCAAGGCUAUAAUGAUUGGAGCUUGUUUCCUCAUAGUAAGUACACAAAACCAGAGGGAAAAAUAA